AUGUUAUCGAAGAGGAAAGAAAUUGGGAAUAUUUACUUACCUCUCACACCGACCAGUAAACGUUUCGAUCAAGGUAUUCCUCCUAUUCUUCCUGAUGACGACCAACUCGAUCCUUCUUCCCAUACAUCUUCACAUAUACCGAUUCUUCCAUCUCAAUCAAUCAAGUCAUAUUCAUCGUCAUUUCUUAAACUGACCGAAACCAACUCGCCAAUAUCUCCCUCUCACUCAAAUACACUUGCAGCUCAGCCGUCCAAUCUUCACGACAUCCCCUUAGGUGAGAUAGAUACGUCUAUCAUCUUCAAGCGAAAUGAACAGGAUACGACUCAGUUGAAGAAACUCAAGUGUAACGAUGAUAAUGACGGGGAAGCAGAAGAGGAUGAAGAAAAAGCAGAAGAGGACAGGGAGGGAAGAGGGAGUAAAGACACUCAAUCAACAUCUAUACCAUGGAAAUUACUCCUUCCUAUCUUAUUCCUACGUGUAGCAGAAUCAUCGGCCUACUCUGUCAUUUUCCCCUUUGUGACAGAUAUGAUAACAUCUUUCUCGGUACCCCGUGAGAGAGUAGGUUUUUACGCCGGUGUGGCCGAAGGAGUUAUGAUGUUGGUCGAAGCUGCUGGAGCUACUUCAUGGGCUAAAAUGGCUGAUAAAUAUGGUAGGAAACCUUGUUUGAUGAUUGGUUUAGGAGGGACGAUGUGGGUGGUAGUUAUGGUUGGAUUUUCCGAAGGAGUUUGGAGUUUGAUUUUUUGGAGAGGUGUUCUCGGCCUGAAUCCGUCAGGAUUGUUGAACAAACUCCUAGCUUCUGAGAUAUCCACACCAUAUAAUAGAGAUGCGAUAUUCGCUGUUCAUUCCCCUUCUUUCGCCACGGGUUAUACUAUAGGUACUUUGAUAGGCGGAGAAUUGACACAUCCAUUCGGUCGUCUUCCAGGAUUCUUAGGUGGGAAUAAUGAAUUUUGGAGGAGAUGGCCAUACGCUUUACCUUGUUGCGUUAAUGGAGGACUUACCUUGUUGGCUUUGAUCGUUGGUCAUCUCUACGUUAUCGAAACAAGACCUGCUGCUCUACGUCAAAAGGGAAAGAAGGACAGACCUCAAAAUGAAACGAAUGUGAUGGAAGUCUUCAAACUACCUAACUUCGUUUUAGUCACAAUCAUAUUUUGUUUCUUUCAACUUACGCAUUUCGCCUUUGAAGGUAUCUUCGCCGUUUACACGUAUACUGAUGUAGAAUAUGGCGGUCUGGGUCUACCUGUCGACAUCAUAGGUCUGAUCUACUCUAUCACCGCUUUCGGCUACAUCUGUUUCACGCCUUUCAUCCUUCCACCUCUCAAACGACGUUUGGGACCCGUCAGAUCUUUGCAGCUGGUUUUUGUCGUAUGGAUAUUGAUCGGGUUGACGAUACCCGUUUCACAAUGGUUUGCGACCCGUAGUAGGGGAUGGAUGUGGGUGGCUGUGAUCUUACAGGGGUCAUUAAAGGUAGUGGGGGAGAUGGGAUGGCCGAUGUGCGAAAUCCUCACCAUGAAUGUUUUCGACACGCAUCCCGAUCUUAUAGCGACAGGAAGCGCCAUCAGUCUGAUAGCAGGAGCUUCCGGACGAGCUUUUGGACCUGCCAUAUCCGGGGGUAUGUUCUCUUUGUCCACCAAAUUCCCAGCUGGCACCAUGGGUAGACAGAUUUCAUGGAUGACCUUGGUGGGGUGUGCGAUAGCUCCGUUCUUGCUGUCGCCGUUUCUGCGAGUGGAGAGACGUGUAGAGAGUCGAGAAGGGUACGAGGUUUUGAGGAUGGUGGAAGGGGAUGAGGAGGAGUCGGCCUGUAGGUAG